CCCGUACGGAGGUGGCUAGUUAAGCGCACGCGGGGAGGAACCGAACAGACGAGGCUCAGACGGAUGAGUGUCACGCGCACCAUCUCCUGCGUCGUGUGCGCCAACCACAGGCAACCCCGCGUGCGAAUGUAACGGUCCUUGCGCGUCCCGUUUAGUCGGUUUGAAAUACCUCACGCGCCCUGUGGUCCUAUAGAAGGCUGCUUUUCCAGAGAACACGUGAGACAAGACUGCAAUAUUUUCCUUACAGGAGCGUUAAUUCCUGGAAUACAUGAACCCCGCCCCUUGCUCAGUCCGGUCAGCUCCCGGCGCUUCGCGUGAGAAGUGACCGGUGGUCUGCGUUUGACGUCAUGUUUGUGUCGGUUUGGUACGCAAAGAAGAUGGGCCGCCGUUUCAUAAACAACGUUCGGAAAACAAAGAAACAGAGACAACGCCUCAUGAUGAUGAACGGGCUAAACGGGGAGGUGGAGUAUGAGGAGAUAACACUGGAGAGGGGUAACUCUGGCCUGGGCUUCAGUAUAGCAGGUGGUACUGAUAACCCUCAUGUUGGAGACGACCCCAGUAUCUUCAUCACUAAGAUCAUACCAGGAGGAGCAGCAGCUCAGGACGGGAGACUGAGGGUGAAUGACAGUAUCUUGUUUGUGAAUGACGCUGAUGUGAGAGAGGUGUCACACAGUCAGGCGGUGGAGGCGUUGAAGGAUGCAGGGCCCAUCGUCCGCCUUUACAUUCUGCGCAGGAAGCCUGCUGUAGAGAAGCUCACCGAGAUCAAACUCACCAAAGGCCCCAAAGGUCUGGGCUUCAGUAUAGCGGGUGGUGUGGGUAACCAGCAUGUACCUGGUGAUAACAGUAUCUACGUGACUAAAAUCAUUGAGGGCGGAGCUGCACAUAAAGAUGGACGUCUGCACAUAGGAGACAAAAUCCUAGCGGUGAAUCACAUGAGCUUGGAGGACGUAAUGCAUGAAGACGCAGUAGCGGCACUGAAGAACACAGCAGAGGUUGUGUACUUGAGAGUGGCCAAAGCUCCUCACCUGUACCCUCAGCACACCUACAACCCCCCCGACAUCACCAGCUCUUACUCUCCUCACAUGGAUGAGAUGAGUCAUGGCUACUUGUCUGAUUACCCCCCGACUUUGACUCCUACCUCCCCCCGACGCUACUCCCCCCUGCCUAAGGGCCCGCUACUGGGAGAGGAGGACAUCCCCAGGGACCCCAGACGGGUGCUGAUCCACCGAGGCCUGACGGGUCUGGGCUUCAACAUCGUGGGAGGUGAGGAUGGUGAGGGCAUCUACAUCUCCUUCAUCUUAGCAGGAGGACCUGCAGACCUGAGUGGAGAACUACGCAAAGGAGACCAGAUCCUGAGUGUAAAUGGUGUGGAUCUGAGACAUGCAACCCAUGAACAAGCUGCAGCAGCUCUGAAGAACGCAGGACAGACUGUCACCAUCAUUGCCCAGUACCGACCAGAGGAGUACAGUCGUUUCGAGGCUAAGAUCCAUGACCUCAGGGAGCAGCUGAUGAACAGCAGUAUGGGGUCAGGAACCACAUCACUGCGGACCAGUAAGAGGAGUUUUUACAUCAGGGCUCUGUUUGACUACGAUAAGACGGCAGACGGCGGGUACCUCAGCCAGGCUCUGAGCCUUCGCUUUGGGGACAUCCUGCACGUUCUGGACUGCAGUGACGAGGAAUGGUGGCAGGCCAGGAGGUUGUCCCCACACGGAGACCUGGAGGAGGCGGGCUAUGUCCCCAGCAAGCGCAGAGUUGAGAGGAAAGAGUGGGCGCGUUUGAGGACCAAAGUUAGAGACAGCAUAGGUAGGUCUGCAGCAAGUGUGUGUUUGUGUGUAUAUAAUAAGUGUGCGUUUGUGUAUUUAAUGUGUGUGUUUGUGUGUGUUUCAGGGAGGGAUGACUACAUUCAGAGCUAUGAAAUUGUUACACAGAUAGAGGUGCACUAUGCUCGUCCAAUCAUCAUCCUUGGCCCAACCAAAGACCGCGUUAAUGACGAUCUCCUCUCCGAGUUCCCUGACAAGUUCGGCUCCUGCGUGCCCCACACGACACGGCCCAAGAGGGACUACGAGACAGAUGGGCGGGAUUACCAUUUCGUGUCGUCACGGGAACAAAUGGAGAAGGAUAUUCAGAGUCAUCGGUUCAUCGAGGCAGGACAGUACAACAGUCACCUUUACGGAACCAGUGUCCAGAGUGUUCGGGAGGUGGCAGAACAGGGUAAACACUGUAUUCUGGACGUGUCUGCUAAUGCUGUACGCAGACUGCAGGCUGCACAGCUGCAUCCCAUCACCAUCUUCAUCAGACCCACGUCGCUCCAGAACAUCCUUGAUAUUAAUAAGCGUCUGACAGAGGAACAGGCGAGAAGAGCUCUAGACAGAGCUAUUAAACUGGAGCAGGACUUCAUUGAGUGUUUCACAGGGAUCGUGGAGGGUGACAGUUUUGAGGAAAUCUACCACCGCGUCAAAUCAGUGAUUGAAGAACAGUCAGGACCAUACAUCUGGAUACCUGCUAGAGAAAGACUGUAAACACUACACACACACACACACACACACACACACACACACACACACACACACACACACACACACCUCUUGCUUACUUAUAUACUCAUGCAUAAACACACAGGUUUUUGGAGCCAGAGAAAGAACUCCUGGUCAUUCUUACAAAGACAUCAAUCUCUCUCUC